AUGGGUGCUGGCAAUGACGACUCGUCUUUCUUUCUCUAUGGUGUCGGGGAGCGGCCCGAGGCAUUAACCUUGGGUUCGUUGGUGUUGGAGAAAUACUGGCAACCAAUAAUUGCUCGUCACUAUACCCACGAUCCGCUCAGCAGCGAAGAAUUGCAAAAGCAUGCAUAUACCACCAAUGCGCAAAAUAUCGUUUUCCAUGGAUCGUCGCGUCUCUCGCCGGGAGUCGCUGUUGAUGGUGCAGACAUUGUCAACCUUGGCCUGGCAUUCAACAGAGAUCAGGAUCGAAUUGUGAUCGCAGAAAAAGGGACUCGCAUGAUUCUCAAGGAUCCUGAGUUGUUCCUGGAAUCCCAGGUAUUGCCAAAUCCCCAGGCACAGCAUAAACUCAAACUUUGGCUGUCUGCAGCGAACAGCUCGUUCAUGCUCAAUUUGAAAUUCGCUCGUCGGCCCAAGGUGUGGCUGCUGACCGGGGUCUAUGUCCUGGAGCAGACUCGAACCAUGGUGUCGAGAGCAAAAUCAACAGACAUCUCCGCAGGCAUCUCAUCUGCCUUGAUUGGAGCAGCUUCUGGGGUACCCGUUGGUGGUUCGGUUAAUCUCGGUAAUGGAUCAUCAUGGGAGAUGGCCAUGGAAGUCGCCGAGCCACACGUGUGGGCCGCUCAGUUUCGAAUGCUCGACGCUCGAUUUAUAAAAAUGGCUAAGGGGGGUCUGGAAGCGACCAAGCUACCUAUGACGAUUGGUCUUUAUCGAGAUGUCAUGUCCGUGAGCAUGCAACGCAGUGGGAGAACAGUACUUGAGGGUGCUGCUCUUCAGGACUCGGCACAGCUAGCAUUGAAGAGCGAGCAGGGCAGCACCCAUGAAGAGGCAUCUGCCGAGGAGCAAGCAAGCGACGAGCUGCUGGAAUACGAGAAACGGCUGGAGCAGGUAAUUCGCCUUCUCGAGAUUGCUCCAAAGAAUCUCUUACAGUAA